UCUCGUGCCAGUGACGAGGUAAAACCACAAAAAUUACAGAACAGAAUUUCCUGGCGCUAUGGCGAUCGCGGACUAUAAGACUUACUUGGCGGAGAAUGUUCUCAAUGAGCGACGCACGGUCACAUAUCGCUCGCUGGGUCGGGCUCUCCGCGUCCAUAGCACUCUAGCAAAGCAGAUGCUAUACGACUUCCACCGCAACGAGAACAGCAAGAAGCCGAACAGUGUCAAUGCGACGUAUAUCCUCACAGGCGUACAGAAGGCACCCGAGCCGGCGACCUCGACAAACGGUGUUCACUUUAACGCCGAGACAGAUGAUAUUCCCCCGAGCAGUCCAUUCAUAAGCAGUUCGAUGCCGAAUCAGGAUGCUGCUACAGAUGAUGUCGCAAUUUCGUCGGUGCUGCUGGUUCGUGAGGAGGAUCUGGAGGAUGCGAAAGCCACGUUUGAGUCUAUUGCCUCAACAUACAUCUACAGCCUACAGCCUACUGUAUUGCAGGAUCUCAAUGUCUUGACUGAUGUCGCCAGAGAGACAAUCGCCAGCCAUGCCCAGGAAGAUCCGCUGGAGUACGGCUCGUCCUGGGGUAUGAUUCAGAAUAAGAAUGUCAAGAGAAGAACUGGCGUUCGACCACCCGCACCCGCUCCUGUACCCACACCCGCCAAAUCCGCUGCACCAGCCAAGAAGCCCGCCACAAGUGAGGCGCCGAAGCAGCCUAAGACAGAACCCAAGGAAGAAGAACCCAAGUCUCAGCAGUCGCUGAAGAGAGAAGAUACCCCCUCCUCGACCAAAUCGACAGAGAAGGCCGCGCCGGCCAAGAAGGAAAAGAGUAGCAUCUUCAGCUCCUUUGCGAAGGCCAAGGCAAAGCCGAAGAAGGAAGAUCAAGCAACUCCCACAACCUCCGGAGCUGAUUCGGCGGAACCCAGCGCCCCUGAAGAUGUUGUUUUAGAUGACGCAUCGGAGGACGAGUCUGAAGAGCUCUUCCCAGAAUCUAACAAGUCUGCUUCUGCCACAACUCGUGAGUCGAGGAAAGAGCGUGAGGAGAGGCUUCGGAAGAUGAUGGAAGACGACGAUGAGGAUGAGGAUGCGGAUGAGGAAAUGCCCGACGCAGCGCCGUCACCUGAAGAGGAAUCGAAUAUCAUCGACCAGCCUCCUGCUAAGCAACCUGAACCUAAGGAGGUGACGGUUUGUGCAGGCCGUCGACGAGGAAGACGUCAAAUCAUGAAGAAGAAGACUGUCAAGGAUGAAGAGGGCUACCUAGUUACCGUCGAAGAACCGAGCUGGGAGUCAUUCUCGGAAGAUGAGCCAGCACCGCCGCCCAAGAAGAAGCCGGCUGUGAGUGCACCCAAGGCCAAGGCUGGGGCUAAAGCUGGUCAGGGCAGCAUCAUGUCAUUUUUCGCCAAGAAAUAGCAUAUCAAUGAGCAGAGGCUGAGGGUGAAGACACAACCCAAACGAAGGCG